AUGUGGGUAGAGAUGAAGUGGCCCACCGCAAAGGACACUCAGAUCGCGGGUUUUGACACCUCAGCCGACCGUCAUGAGGCGCUUCAGGACGCGCAGCUCCAAGUUGGUGUGAACCCCCUGUCGCAUACCGUGGCAACGCGCACCCUGCUGAAUCGAGCGCUACCGACGUUGGACGGUGCCACGCAUUCGGAUUUACUGCUCAAUCAUUUCAUGGAGAGCCUGCCGGAAGACUUGUAA